GAGGGACCUGUGAGUGGCCAGCAUGGCGGCCUCCAGGCCCUUCGGCUCGGCUUCUGCGGAGUCUGCGGCCGCCCAGCUCUUGGGUGUCCUGUGCAUCGUAUCCGUCACCGCGGGACCUUGGGCAGCUGCCGCCACCGCCGGCGAAGAGACGCUUAAGUGCGAGGACCUUAAAGUGGGACAAUAUAUUUGUAAAGGUCCGAAAAUAAAUGAUGCCACCCAAGAACCAUUUAAUUGUACGAACUACACAGCUCAUGUUGCAUGUCUUCCAGCACCCAAUAUAAUUUGUAAGGAUUAUGGUGGUAAUGAAACACACUUUACUGGAAAAGAAGUUGGUUUUUACAAGCCCAUACCUUGCCGAAACGUAAAUGGCUAUUCAUAUAAAGUAGCAGUUGCACUGUCCCUUUUUCUUGGAUGGCUGGGAGCAGAUCGAUUUUACCUUGGAUAUCCUGCCUUGGGUCUGUUAAAGUUUUGCACUGUAGGAUUUUGUGGAAUUGGAAGCCUUAUUGAUUUCAUCCUUAUUUCCAUGCAGAUUGUUGGACCUUCAGAUGGAAGUAGUUACAUUAUUGAUUACUAUGGAACCAGACUUAUCAGACUAAGUAUUACUAACGAGACAUUUCGAAAAACACAGUUGUACCCAUAAAUAUUUUUAAAAACAGAUUUGGAUCUCCUUGAUUUUAACAGAGAACUCUCAUUACUCGGAUUUCCAGAUCUUUUGUUUUUCCCCUCUUUCCAUGCUAUUCUGUGGAUUUUAUGUCAUUUUUUGUUGUUGUUGAUAUUUCUGUUUUGUUUUUCAUUAAAAGCCUGUUCGCCUGACGUAUAUUUAGCUCAGCUUUCUUAGGAACUGUACAGUAAUGUCUAUAUUAGACUACUGUCCUUAUGAGAUGAGACAGGUAGCUUAUGCCCUGAUAUUCCCUGAUCUCUUCUCCAAAGCAAGUAGCCGCUUGUCAUUUUUUUUUUUGCUUCUGAAAAAUAAAAAGUAUGAUUUACACAUUU